AUGGCAUCUACAAAAGUGGAUCUCGCCUCUCCCGAACCCUACAUCACUCCCGCCGAGAUCUACAGCGGUACCUCAUUCAACAUCGGCGGCAAUCCCAGCCCAGAUAAUUCUUCAUCGACCCCACCAAUAACUCUCCGCAUAGCAACCGGAGGAGCUGGUCAAUCAGGGCUUAUCCGUGCUCUUGCCAAUAAGUUUAUCGAGUUCGAGAUAGACAAAACAGGUUGUCCACGAUUCAGCAUUGCAUGGUUAUUAUCAGAUACGUCUGCAAGUUUCAACUAUUUGGGAAGUAGAGCGGCGGAUUGUAGCAUAACUUAUCAUAAGAUUGCAGAGGAGAUAGCUUUAAAGCAGGGAAUUGCAGAGAGGAGGGAGUAUGCUUGGAGAGAUCAUUGGUUGCUUGUUGGACCGAAACGAAACCCUGCCGGGCUUCCGCUUGAUAGUACAGACGACUCUACAAUAUUUGAUCUAUUCGGUCAGUUAUUUAUGGCUUGUGUAGAGAAUCCAAACAUUAGAUUCUUAUCCCGAUAUGAUAAAUCAGCCGCCAAUAUCAAAGAAUCUUCUAUUUGGUCAGCCAUCGGUCAAACUCCGUGGGCACAUCCAUAUUCAAGUUGGUAUCAUCGCUACAUAGAGUUUCCGUUUGCUGCUUUGAGGGCUGCAUGUGCGCUAGGCGAGUACACAAUUACGGAUAAGGGUACAUGGUUAAGUGUUGAAGAAGAAAUUAGAGAUAAGAUGAGUAUUUUUAAAGCGAGCACAGAUGCCCCAGAUGAUCCAUUAUUGAAUCCUGCACAUACAUUAGUAGGCACGAGAGGCAAAAACAUAGUCAUGGCUCAUAAAUUUGCAGAUUGGAUGAUAGCAAGGGACGGUGGUCAGAAGGUCAUCGAGGAGUUUGAAGUGAAUGGUGCUAUCUUAUACACUGGUGCACCAAACUCUUAG